UUUUUUUUGCCAACUUAACUUAACUUAACUUAACCCACCAACAAAGUUCUCUAUUUAACGUUGGCAUUUCGUUUUCUAUCUUCUGUACUUUAACCUCUCCCUCUCCUCUUCUCUCAUUGGUAGCAGCAGGCGCAGCCUCACUUUUCUUUCUUCCCACUGCUCCUCGUCUUCAUACCUACGCUCUCUCAGGAUCUGAUCUCCAAAUAUCUCUCUACCUCUCUCUGCUCCAAGAAAUGGGUCGUGGAGUGAGCAGUGGUGGAGGGCAGAGCUCAUUGGGAUAUCUGUUUGGAAGUGGCGAAUCUCCCAAACCUGUCAAAGCUAGCAGCCUCUCAAAUGCAGCACCAGUCGAAGCGGAGACUGUAAGCGUUAGGCCAGCCGCUGCGAAACCUGCUGCCCCGCCAGUUGAUAUCACCAAGCAAAUCCCUGCUGGCAUCAACAGCACUUCCUCAAAUAACUACAUGCGUGCUGAUGGCCAGAACACUGGCAACUUCCUCACGGAUCGACCAUCAACCAAGGUUCAUGCUGCACCAGGCGGUGGCUCUUCUCUGGGCUACCUCUUUGGUAAUGGUGGUGGUAGUAACUGAGGUUUUGUGUCAAUGCCAAUCGAUGGUGCUAUCACAAGUAGCUUCUGUUUGAAUUGGUGGUGGGAGGAAUAUGUGAUGUGUAAGCUUCAAAUGGAGCAAUGUGUUUCAUCUUUUCCAUUAUAUAUAUAUAAGUAAUAGACAAAGGAUCAUGUCUUGUAAUGUAUAUUCAAAUUCAAAUGCUGUUUUGGAAAUGUCCAGCCAAGAAGGCAGUGAAUGAGUCGUCCCUUUUGGUCACAAUAUGAAAUCCGCAUCAUCUCAUUGUGGAUGGUAUAGCUUGGCUGUUGGUUUCUCUACUGCUCUCUCACCAUUCUUGUUCCUGAAAUUACUGCAAUCCAUUAAGCAGUGUAUUACAAUUUCCAUCCUGAAACACUUCUUUCUUAACUGUGCAUAAAACUACAGGACAUUUUCUAUGUCCGAUUUGAGGUCUUCAAUUACUCAACACAUCAAGCAAAAAACUUGAAAACUUUUCCUCUUCUAUAGAGAUUGUAUCCCUCAGUACAUGCCGAAAAACAAACACAGCACUACAUUCACAAUCUCCAUUCAACUAUCAUCAUGCUCUGUCUAAAACCUAGCAAAAAGCAAACACCAAAUGCUUUUCUAAUUAGGGAGCAGCAGGAGCAGGAAUUAUCCCCCAUUUUCUUCUCACAUCCUCCAAGUCUUCGUUGAAGUGUUUCUCGUAGUAUAUACACAUGAGAUCCGUGCACUUCGUUCCAGCAAUGUUGGCCCAAGGAAAGUAGUGUUGAAAGAACAGCCUCCUCUGUUUCUCGUUGAACCUCACUGUUCCACCCACGACAGACAUCAGGCACAUUGGCAGUACCAUCUGCCGGAACUCUAUCACCUUGAGCGCUGAUUCGCCGAUCAAGUUUGUGUGCAGACCGAAAAGGGUAUGCCAAAAGUCGUGCACCUCACGAGCCCGUGUUGCUACGUAUGCCAGUUCAUCUGUCUCCAUGAACCUCACUGGCGGACGAUCAUCUGGCGAGAAGUUUCUUGAUCCCAUGAAUCUUGCGUAGGCUGCUCCGAAUGUGUUCUCUGGUAGGUCCCACGCGUGCCCUACUUGUGACGAUACUACUCGUGGUCUCUCUGAUAGCACUUCCUGUAAAAAAUACACCAAAAUUACUGGUGAGAACUUAAUAAAUACAUAACAGUUUGGUUUUGCUUUCCUGAAAACUAAAGAUAAAAAACAUCUUCUGUGGUCAAGCUCCACAUCCCUCCCAUCGUCGUUUCCUAGCAAAUCAUCACACCUUGCACUUAGACGGCAUAAUUACGGAUCAUGCUGAAAAAGAUCUCUUCAACAUUAUCUACUUGUAACUAGAGAGGCCACACGAACAACUUCUACUGAAUCAGCAUUGUAUCUAAAGAAAAGCUUGGUUAUCAUUCUAACUGACCAUUUCUCCGCACAAUGGUUCCAGGGAAUCGAAUAGCCUCUCACCAAUUCAUCAAUUCUAUAUGCUAGCCCCUAAGAAAGCAAGUGCAUUCCAAAUUCUUCAUAACCAUGCUUAUACAUAAAAAUAACGGUCAAUCAACUCAGCCACAGUAAGUGUGCGUUCAGAACCAUAUUGAACAAGGAAGAUGAACUCACUCUCCCUUCUGGGCUCCUCUUCAUCCGCUCAAGAACGUUCUCGAAGGCGGGCUUCCCCGUGGUUUCACCAAGAGCUCCGAUCAAAUCCGCUCUCCGCGGAUCAAGCAACGCACCCACCGCCGAUCCAACCGCAACCGCCGCCUGCUGCCACCGCUUUAACGGCACACGCGCACCUUGGAUGAUCAUUUCUGCAGUAAUUCAAAAACCCUAAAUCGCCAAAGACGAAAAUUUCCCCUUCGCAAUCGAACUUACGACAACCGAUCUUCCGC